AUGAACUAUUACGAUAGUUCCAAUACAGAAAUUAAUAUUAUUGAUACGGGACAACCAAUAACCAAAUUCGAGCUUAACAGUAUGAAUAUAACUGUUCCAGAAUCAGUCAGUUGGACUACUCUGAAAGCGUCUGUGGAAAGCUAUGUCGAAUCCAGAUUUGACACCUUUAACACAGAAAUAAACACAAUAAUUUUGGCUGAUUAUAAACUUGAGAAAUCUAAGAAUGCUAAGUUCAACUCUCAGUUAAAACAAUUCAAACAGAGUAUAUUGGACAACUUGAAAAGUCAAGCUGACAACUUAUCGGACAUCAAAGCAAAAAUAGAGAAGUAUUCUUUAGUGCCAUCUUCUGAUUCAGUUGAUCUGGAAGAGAUUUCUCUUAAUUAUACUUGGAUUGAUGACUUGUCGUUUGAUAAUGGAUAUCUCGGACAGUACUCCUCGCUAUAUAACGGCCGAACCGAUAUCACAGAAACCUUGGAUACUAUCAAAGAUGAGUGUCUUCGGAAUGCGACUAAAGUAUUCAACAGUGCAAUUUCUGAUAUUAUAUGGAGUGUACCUCAUUAUUAUUUGAACAUUUCCAAUGAAACUUUGGACAUCAAUUCGACAUCUUACAAAAUUCCAAAGAGUCAGGUCAAUAACAAAUUCUGGCUAGUCGUCAUUAUAAUGUUAUGCCUUGCUCCCUGUUUGCUGAUACUAAUCAAAUCAAUUUUGAGUUAUUAUCAAUUUAUGGGAGAACAGAGACUUGCUGGUGAAUUACAAACUUCAAUAUCAGAAUCAUCCGAUAAAUUGGCAUUAAUAUAUGAAGUUAUUAAUUGUCAGAAGUUCAAGGUCUGCAGUAUUGUUUCAGGUAUACUACAAAAAGACUUGACAAAUGGCUCUUUUGAAACGAAAUUGAAUUGGAUUACUUCUCCGAUGAUUGGAAUUCAAGCAAAGUUUCCAAAAAUCAUUCAGCUUGUAUGGUUCUCCUCAUUGCUACACUUCUAUUUCAAGAGUGUAGGGAAAUCCGUAAACUUCAGAGAAGGUCUUGAAAAGACUAUCUAUUUAAAUCAACCAAAAUUGCAACAACUCGAUUUCACUUUUGAUCAAUUUAAAUCGAUUUCGAGUCACAAUUCUAGUUAUUUUCUUGAUAAAGACCUCACUUCUGUCUUUCAGGAGACUAAUAUCAAAUUCACCGGGUUGACUGAAAAGUUUAAUAUUACAGACAUUUCUUCAUCCAUUCUACUUGAAACAAGUAUAUUGGAAUUUUUUCCAACACAAAAUAGUGUAAAUCCAAACUUUAGCAGCUCGCUUUCUCUUACUGCUUCGACUUCCAGUGAAGCUAAAUACACCCUCAAGUCCCUUUUCCCGUACUCUCUAGAAAUUUCGCUUACGUCAUCUAUUAAGUAG